CAGCCAGUAGGCACUCCCAAAAAAGGCUCGUGCAUACAGACUUAGGAAGAAGAAGGCAAUGGAGAAGGUGCAAGUGUACAUGGACAAGUGGGCCAAGGACUUGGAGAAAUUCCCGGUACUGCAGCAGGCACAGGACGCUACGGGUGUGGAGAAGCUGUACCUGGUGGCUGGUGGCGCGGCGCUGCUUCUGCUGCUGCUGCUCGUCGGCUUCGGCGCGGGACUCAUCUGCAACAUGGUGGGCUUCGUGUACCCUGCCUACUGCUCGUUCAAGGCCAUCGAGACUGACGACAAGAAGGAUGACGUGCAGUGGCUCACGUACUGGGUCGUGUACGCCUGCUUUAACCUCGUCGAGAUCUUUGCCGACUUCCUACUCUACUGGAUUCCCUUCUACUACGCCUUCAAGCUGGGCUUCCUGCUGUGGCUGUUCAUGCCUUCGACGAUGGGCGCGUCUUUCCUCUACAUGCACUUCCUGGCACCCUUUCUAAAGUCGCAGGAGUCGCGUAUCGACCGUGCUAUGAAGGAGGCGGUCAGUAGCAGCGGCGCUGUCAUCUCGGACAUCAGUGGUGUGGCCCGCGACAUCGGCAAGGACGUGUCCAAGGCCGUUGCCAGCAAGAUCGUAGACAGCUCUUCCCAGUAGACUGCCCAAACAGGAACAGUAAGAAAAGAGUAGUAAGUGAGUCCCCCUUCGAUCUUAUGAGGAGGUUAUGACUACUACAUGUGUGAGGCAUAAGCUAGCUUGCUUUUUUGUAUGAAUCAAGUUUUCCUAGUUAGAGCUGUCUUGCGGCUUAGUACUACUACUGAA